AUGCGGAGAGGAGCCUGCGGGGAGCGCGGCGGCACUGCGCGGGCUCCGGAGCUCUGGGCGUGCGCGCUGCGCUCUGGCGGAGAGCGCGCCCCGCUCCGCUUUUAUUUCCCCGUGGCGGACCACGUUGAGAACAACAACAGCCUGGGCCCAGGCCAGCGCCAACUUGUGCUUCUUGGAGCGCCUUCCGCGGCCACUGGCUCCUCCGCCCGCGGCUCCCGGGCGCGGUUGCACCCUCAGCAGUGUGCCCUGGACAGCAUCCGAGCCCGCUGCGCUGCGCAGAGGCGGCCUGCGCCUAGGACGGGCUCAGCGGAGCGGCGCAGAGCCACCAGGAGCCCGCUGCUGCUGCUGCUGUGUACCCUGUGUGCCGGAAUGCCAUGCUGCCCUCAGGCUCAGGCAGAAGCUUCAAUCAGGACUGAUGUUGUUCACCAGACUGAUGUCUGUUGGUCCAGUCAAUCUGAGGAAAGAUAGACAAAGCAACGNGAGAAUCUAGUUUGUCUUUCUUGCUAAGAGUCAGGAAACUUCAAUACAAUCGAUAAGCCCAAAAUUACCCACAGAGAUACUGUUUUUUCCUAAGGCAUCUAAACAUCAAAUGAACUGUAAUUAAUUAGGCAAGAAUGCUUAGAACAUCGAGUUGUUACCUUAUUAGCCCUUUCCUAACAUCUAAGACUGCAUCCCAUAAAAACAUUAUUUCAUUCACAAAAGGAAAAUUUAAGAUUUUAAAAAGUGAACUAGUGCAUAUAUUUUUACUAAACUUUUAAACUUUGCACUCUAAUGGAGUGGAAACUUAAGAGUUCUGUGGAAAGUCGGUUGAAUGGGGUUUUGCUGGGGCAAACGUGAAGGAAUGUUUAGCUGAAGUGGACACAGGAAAAGGAUGUUCUGCUCANCUAAGCACAUGAAAGUAACAACACGCAUGCAUUGGUCCGAGUUACACUGUGGGACUCCAUAGAAAAACACAACAACAAAACUUGUGGUGGUGUGCUGCGGCUUCUUGCCACGUCCGCAGACUCGGGCUCAUGCGCAGAGUGAUGUCAGCUGAGACAGACAGGUGCUGAGGCAAGACCUGUGGAUGAGAUGUGAUGUUUGGAGGGUAUAAAUAGAAUAUAACUAGGACUCGAUGGACAGUGGCAGAGGCUGACUUGAUCUUCUCUUCCCUGAGAGGGGCACAGCCAAGAACUUCCUGGCCAUUUCUCCUAGGUCCCUCCUGCUGACUGGAGCUAAGGCCGAGGCCUGGCUGUCUCUGCUAGGUAGUACCACUGCUGCUGAUUGUGUUUGCUAUCCUGACUACCGAGCUGGACUGCUGGUGUAUCCUCGAGGUGUUUUCGAGUGGAUCAAGCUGCUGAUUUCCAGACAACACAGACAGGAGUUGCUCCAAAGAACCUUUCUAAGCAGGUCCACUUCCCCUGUAUCCUUUCCUUUCCCCUACCUCUGGUGGGUGGUGGGCUACAUGGAAUGUUAAAGUGUUUAAGAACCAUCAUUAAAAAUAGGUGUUUGAAAGAAUUAAAGUUAUACUUUAAGCUUUGCUUAAUCUUUAAACUAUAUUGUAAAUUAUAUUCUC